AUAAAAAGAGAAAAAUGUAGGACACAAUCUUAUCAAAUGAACUUAUAAGAUCAAGAAAUCCACUUGAUCACCAUCCUUUUAUCUAACUAGUGCCCUUUUAGUAUCAGCCAUCAGCUUUGAAUCUCUUAAAAAUCAACUCAUCGCAUUGCUUUCAAUGGCAAAACACACUAGGAUAAGUGAAAGCUCAAUUAGAUAGCUGCAUCCAGCUAGUGUUCAAAUUGAUAAAAUCUAAUCCAACAAGUGGGUUACAAGACAUUUAGUCAAUUUCAGAAUGUCAAGAAUUGCUUGUUUCAUGCAACGUUAAGACCCCAGCAAGUCAAGCAGCUCUCUCUCCAUCUCCUUCUUUGUCCUUCCUCACUCUCCAAAAUGCAGGGGUUGGCGCUUCCAUCUUCCAUCCCAUUUCUCAAUCCUUUUAACGGAAACACCAACCUUAGAUUUUGUCCAACUUUAAGUACUUCACCUUCUUUGAUACAAGUUGACAAUGGUUUUGUUCAUGGAGUUUCAUGUGUUGGAACCUCACAUUUUGGUUCUUUUACUCGAAUCUCUUCUUCUUUUGUUUGUUUAAGUCAAAGGUUUGACAGUUUAAAGGUGAUGGCAACCUCUGCUCCUGAGAGUGUAGAUGAGGCCCCUAAAUCUAAAGCUUUAGGCACUUUGCAGCUUGGAGGCAUGUUCGCGCUUUGGUAUAGUUUGAACAUCUACUUCAAUAUUUUCAAUAAGCAGCUCCUUAAAGCAUAUCCAUAUCCAACCACUAUUACAGCAUUCCAAUUAGGCUGUGGGACCCUGAUGAUUAUCCUAAUGUGGACAUUUAACCUCUAUGCCCACCCAAAGUUAACUCUUUCACAGUUUGCAACAAUCCUCCCACUGGCAGUGGCACACACUAUGGGAAACCUUUUGACCAAUGUUAGCAUUGGGAAUGUUAAUGUUUCAUUCACUCACACAAUCAAAGCCAUGGAGCCUUUUUUCACCGUCUUAUUUGCUUCUCUUUUUCUUGGAGAGAAGCCCACUGUCUGGAUAGUUUCUUCCAUUUUCCCCAUUGUAGGCGGAGUUGCAUUAGCAUCAUUCACAGAGGCUUCUUUUAAUUGGACUGGUUUCUGCAGUGCAAUGGCUUCCAAUGUCACUAACCAGUCGCGUAAUGUACUUAGCAAAAAGUUCAUGGUCAAUAAAGAGGAAACUCUGGACAACAUCAAUCUCUUCUCUGUGAUAACCAUAAUCUCUUUUACCCUGUUGGUUCCUGCUGCUAUUUUCAUCGAAGGCGUCAAGUUUACCCCUUCAUUCCUGCAAUCUGCUGCAAUGAAAGGGUUGAACAUAAGAGAACUAUGCUUGAAAUUACUAUUAACAGGAUUCUGCUUCCACAGUUACCAGCAGGUUUCAUACAUGAUACUGCAGAUGUUAUCACCGGUGACACAUGCAGUGGGAAAUUGUGUGAAGCGUGUGGUGGUGAUUGUCUCCGCAGUUUUAUUUUUCCAAAUACCAGUUUCACCGAUUAACUGUCUUGGAACCGCAUUGGCUCUAGCUGGGGUCUUCUUGUAUUCGAGAGCUAAGCGAAUGAAGCCAAAGCCAAAGACUGCUUAACAAAUUUGAAACUCGUGUUUGAUUACGUAAUAAGAAAAGUUGUACAUUCGGUGGUUAAUUUAAAAAAAAUACUUGUUUAUAAUAGCAAACCUUUCCAUAUUUUGAUGGUAUUUAGGGGAUUAA